CAAGGUUCUGGGCCUACUCUUUGCCCUCUGGUCACGUUUAGCGACUUGGAAAAAUGGGGAGAAACUAUCCAGGCUUACUGUCUGGCACAUAGUAGGUGCCCAGUAAUUGCUGAAUGAAUUAAAUGGGCGAAGCUAGAAUUUUUUUUUCCUUCAUCAAGCAAACUUGCCCAAAUCUCUCGUUCCUGGUUAGUUAUGAAGUACAGAGCUGUCCAGCCCCUUCCACGCCCGGACGAUUUGGAAUGGAUUUGCACCUCCAGGGGAGAGACAGAGGGGGCGCUAAGAAGGAUUAUCUCUCCACUUGGGUCCCUAUCUUUUCCCCAGGAGGUCUAGAGCCCUGAGAAGAAUGAGUGCUCAGCUCAGCCCACCAGGAGUACCGCUUCUCGGUUGACCUGGGGAUUUAGUUGUGGGGUUUGGGACUGGGCCCGCCCUGGGGCAGUGAUGUCCCAGAACUCUAGGCUCAGACUUUGGGCGGCCCUCUCACCGCGUCCGCAGUUCCUGGUUCCAGGGUCCGCUCCGGGGAAUUCCCGGAGCAGUGCUUUCCCCAUCAUUCAUUGGUGGGGAGGGUGUGAAGGACGCUGAGGGCUACUCCUGUCGCCGAGAGCUGCCCCCUAGCAGGGCUGCGCUCUCCCUUCGUGCAGCCGCUUCAUCUCCCUCUGCAUAACGAAAACUGCUUCCCAUCCAUUAUUUCAUCAGGGCUUCGGGCACUUCUGCAAGGCCUGUCUGAAGAGCAUGCUGCCCCCUCACUCCCCGCCUGGCCUCGCCAUCCCUGCCCCCCCAGCCUGACCCCCGGCCCCAGCAUGGCCCAGGGUGCCAUGCGCUUCUGCUCGGAGGGUGACUGUGCCAUCUCCCCACCACGAUGCCCACGCCGCUGGCUCCCCGAAGGCCCGGUGCCACAAAGCCCCCCAGCCAGCAUGUAUGGCAGCACAGGCUCCCUGCUACGGCGGGUGACAGGUCCAGGUCUCCGAGGCCGGGAACUGGGACGUGUGACAGCACCCUGUACACCCCUGCGUGGGCCCCCCUCACCCCGUGUUGCUCCCUCACCCUGGGCACCCUCUUCACCCACUGGGCAGCCCCCACCAGGGGCUCGGAGCUCUGUGGUCAUAUUCCGCUUUGUGGAGAAGGCCAGCGUGAGGCCACUGAAUGGGCUACCUGCUCCCGGAGGCUUGAGUCGGAGCUGGGACCUGGGUGGGGUCUCUCCUCCCCGGCCCACCCCAGCCCUGGGGCCUGGCUCCAACCGGAAGUUGCGACUAGAGGCAUCCACAUCAGACCCACUCCCAGCCGGAGGAUGCUCAGCUGGGCCUGGCAGCCGGGGCCUUAUACAUGGGCCACCAACCCAACCUCAGGUUGGGGCAGAUGGCCUUUACUCCUCUCUCCCCAAUGGGCUGGGGGGACCCUCUGAGCACCUGGCCAAGCUAUUCCCAGGACCUGCUGACACUGGACUCCUGAACCAGGGAGACACCUGGUCCUCCCCCCGGGAAGUCUCCUCUCAUGCCCAGAGAAUUGCUCGAGCCAAAUGGGAAUUCUUCUAUGGCUCCCUGGACCCCCCAAGCUCAGGUGCUAAGCCCCCAGAGCAGGCCCCCCCAUCUCCACCUGGGGUGGGCUCAGGGCAGGGCUCUGGGGUGGCUGUGGGGCGAGCAGCCAAGUACUCCGAGACGGACCUGGACAUGGUGCCCCUGAGGUGCUACCGCGAGACGGACAUCGAUGAGGUGCUGGCUGAGCGGGAGGAUGCUGACUCGGCCAUCGAGAGUCAGCCCAGCUCUGAGGGCCCGCCUGGCACUGCCCGCUCACCUGCCCCACAUCCCGGUCCAUGCUUUGGCCCUUGUCCCAGCCUGGGCAGUGGAAAUGAGGACGAGGACGAGGCAGGUGGGGAAGAGGAAGUGGACGACGAGGUGUUUGAGGCCUCAGAGGGGGCCCGGCCAGGCACCCGGAUGCCUCACCCUGGGCCUCUCAAGUCGCCUGUGCCCUUUCUGCCUGGGACCAGCCCCUCGGCUGAUGGGCCUGACUCUUUCAGUUGCGUGUUUGAAGCCAUCUUGGAGUCUCACCGAGCCAAGGGCACCUCCUACACCAGCCUUGCCUCGCUGGAGGCCCUGGCCUCACCUGGCCCAACCCAGAGCCCCUUCUUCACCUUUGAGCUGCCUCCCCAGCCCCCUGCCCCCCGGCCUGACCCUCCUGCUCCCGCCCCACUUGCACCUCUUGAGCCAGAUUCUGGUACCAGCUCCGCUGCUGAUGGGCCUUGGACACAGAGACGGGAGGAAGAAGAGGCAGAAGCUAGAGCCAAGCAGGCCCCAGGGAGGGAGCCCCCCAGUCCCUGCCGCUCAGAGGACAGCUUUGGGCUGGGGGCAGCACCCCGGGGCAGCGAACCACCACUGAGCCAGCUGGUGUCCGACUCGGACUCAGAGCUGGACAGCACAGAGCGGCUGGCCCUGGGAAGCACAGACACCUUGUCCAAUGGGCAGAAAGCAGACCUGGAGGCCGCGCAGCGCCUAGCUAAGAGGCUAUACCGACUAGACGGCUUCAGGAAGGCCGAUGUGGCCCGGCACCUGGGCAAGAACAAUGACUUCAGCAAACUUGUGGCUGGCGAGUACCUCAAGUUCUUUGUCUUCACGGGCAUGACUCUGGACCAAGCUCUCAGGGUGUUUCUGAAGGAGCUGGCCUUAAUGGGUGAGACCCAAGAACGGGAGCGUGUGCUGGCCCACUUCUCCCAGAGAUACUUCCAGUGCAAUCCUGGAGCCCUGUCCUCAGAGGACGGUGCGCACACGUUGACCUGCGCCCUCAUGCUACUCAACACCGAUCUCCACGGCCAUAACAUUGGGAAGCGCAUGACCUGCGGAGACUUCAUCGGAAACCUGGAGGGCCUCAAUGAAGGCGGAGACUUCCCCAGGGAGCUGCUCAAGGCCUUGUACAGCUCCAUCAAGAAUGAAAAGCUGCAGUGGGCCAUAGACGAGGAGGAGCUGAGACGCUCUCUGUCUGAGUUGGCCGACCCCAACCCCAAGGUCAUCAAGAGGGUCAGCGGGGGCAGUGGCAGCGGCUCCAGCCCUUUCCUGGACCUGACUCCUGAGCCUGGGGCUGCAGUCUACAAGCAUGGGGCCCUGGUGCGAAAGGUGCACGCAGACCCUGACUGCAGGAAGACACCUCGGGGCAAGCGGGGCUGGAAGAGCUUCCACGGGAUCCUCAAGGGCAUGAUCCUCUAUCUGCAGAAGGAGGAGUACCAGCCCGGGAAGGCCCUAUCAGAGGCAGAGCUAAAGAAUGCCAUCAGCAUCCACCAUGCACUGGCCACGCGCGCCAGCGACUACAGCAAGAGGCCCCAUGUCUUCUACUUGCGCACAGCAGACUGGCGGGUCUUCCUCUUUCAGGCCCCGAGCCUGGAGCAGAUGCAGUCCUGGAUCACUCGCAUCAAUGUGGUGGCUGCCAUGUUCUCUGCACCCCCCUUCCCAGCUGCUGUUAGCUCCCAGAGGAAGUUCAGCCGCCCUCUGUUGCCCAGUGCUGCCACCCGCCUCUCCCAGGAGGAGCAGGUGCGGACCCAUGAGGCCAAGCUGAAGGCCAUGGCAAGCGAGUUGCGAGAGCACCGGGCUGCGCAACUGGGCAGGAAGGCCCGGGGCAAGGAGGCUGAGGAGCAGCGGCAGAAGGAGGCCUAUCUGGAGUUUGAGAAAUCCCGCUACGGCACGUACGCAGCGCUGCUCCGCGUCAAGCUGAAGGCAGGCAGCGAGGAGCUGGAUGCAGUAGAGGCAGCGCUGGCCCAGGCCGGGAGCACAGCGGAUGGACUCCCCGGCCCUCACUCCAGUCCCUCCCUGCAGGCCAACCCAGCCAGCCAGCCCCGGGCUCAGGGUCAUGGCUCAGAGCCUCGCACAGGGGCAAGCAGUGGGCGGUGGAAGCUCUGAGUUGAGGGUAGGCGCGUGGGGGGGUUGGCGCCCACUGGGCACCUGCAUGACAUAGCCCUGCCUGAGCCCGGGCCGGCCUCGGGCCACCAGUGAGGGCCCCUCGGCCCAGGGCCCGACCGCGCCGGACGCGGUGUCCGGGGCAGGGCAGGGCUAGGGCAUGGGCCUCGGGAGCCUAGGUUAGGGGCCCCUCUGAGACCCCCAUUUUGUGAUAAUGUUUUGCACUUUUUCGUAUGGGGUGGGGAGGGCUGGAGUGGGAGGGGCCAGGGCCCCUUGGACUUUUGAUGCUUUUUUUUUUGUGGGGGAGGCCUGACGUUUCUGCUUUCUGCUGAGACCACCCCCACCCCGACACCAGCAAUCCCCCUCCAUCCUGGGGCCUGGCUCAGAUAGAGGCCAGGAGUCGGGGCUGAGCUGGUUUUCCCUCCUUCCUCCCUGAGGCUCACCCUCUCUCUUUCCAGAGGUGGAGGAAGGGUAUCCAUGCCUAGGCCCCCCUACACAGUCUGGGGACAGCAUGGCCUCACUCUCCCUCCGUCAGUGGGCCCUGCCCUUUGUACAGCCUCCACUCCCAUUAAAACUGCUCUGG